AUGAAGCGUCUCAUUGGGACUCUGCUGUUGGUGUCCGUCCUGCCGUCCCUCUGCAGCGUCUCUCUGCCUCCGGACACCGGAAGUGGCAUGUCCUACCGUCUACGAGCCUUCCGGGUGACGACCAGGUGUAACCUGACCACCCUAAAGGAGAAGCAGGUGGAGCAGAUUCAGGCUUCUACCACCAACCUGGUGCUGCCUAUCAUCUACCUGUCGACCUUCUGCCUCGGUCUGCCCACCAACCUGUUGGCUCUAUGGAUUCUCGUGUUCUGGACCAAACGUCGGCCGUCGACUACCCUGCUCAUCAACGUGUGGGUGGUGAUGCCAGCCGCCAUGUUGCCUUUGCUGCUGUCCCGGCAGACUUACCCUCUGGACAAACCCAACAUCACCACCUGCCAUGACGCGCUGCCCGAGAGCGUACAGGAGAACUACUUCCUGCCGUACUUUGCCACACUGUUCACCACCUGUUUCCUGCUGCCCUUCAUCAUCAUGAUGUUCUGCCACAGCGCCAUACUGCGCACCCUACUGGCUGAAGGCAGGAAGUACGCUCACGCCAUCUGGGUGACGGUUCUGAUGAUGGUGGUGUUCAUGGUGUCCCUGCUGCCCUGUAAAGUCCUCCUGAUCCUGACCUACAGCGACAGCUGGCCGGACGGUGAGAAGCUGUACGUCUACUACAUGAUGAGCCUGGCCAACAGCACCUUCAACAGCUGCUUCCACCCCUACAUCCUCUACUUUGUCUCUCCAGAUUUCAGAGAAAGGACCAGGAACGCUCUGUGCUGCCUCCAUGACAUGGAGGACAAACCGUCCUCCUCGCCAGCGGGACAGAGGUCAAAGGUCACUCUGCUGGCCAUGGCAAGUGUAAGGGGACGCCUGACCCAGCAGCCAGAGGUCAACAUGAUGACAACGCCGUCAGCUGAUGCUGGUUAA